AGUUCUGCGUGCACGCUGAGCAAGUGGUGGGCCCGCGAGGGCGCACGGAGGAGUAGUUUACAGCCCAAGCAUGAACUCAGGGGUGCGGAUGGUGACUCGCAGUCGAAGCCGCGCGACUAGGAUCGCGUCGGAAGGGUGUAGGGAGGAGCUCGCCCCGCGAGAAGCUGCUGCAGAAGGAAGAAAAGGCCACAGGCCUGUGAGACAUCCACGGAAGACAAAAAAAGUACAUGUGGCCUAUGAGGUUGCUAACAGUGAGGAAGGUGAAGAUGCUGAGCCCCUCAAAGCGCCCAUUUGGGAACCCCAGAACUGGCAGCAGCAGCUGGCCAACAUCCGCAUCAUGAGAAGCAAGAAGGACGCACCUGUGGACCAGCUAGGUGCCGAGCAGUGCUAUGAUGCUAGUGCCCCCCCAAAGGUGAGGAGAUACCAGGUACUCCUGUCACUGAUGCUCUCCAGUCAGACCAAAGACCAGGUUACAGCGGGUGCCAUGCAGCGGCUGCGGGCCCGGGGCUUGACUGUGGAAAGUAUCCUGCAGACAGAUGAUGACCUGCUGGGCAGACUCAUCUACCCUGUGGGCUUCUGGAGGACCAAGGUAAAAUUCAUCAAGCAGACCACAGCCAUCCUGCAGCAGCGCUAUGAAGGGGACAUCCCUGCUUCCGUGGCUGAGCUGGUGGCCCUGCCAGGUGUUGGGCCCAAGAUGGCACACUUGGCUAUGGCUGUGGCCUGGGGGACCAUAUCAGGCAUAGCAGUGGACACACAUGUGCACAGAAUAGCCAACAGACUGAGGUGGACCAAGAAAAUGACCAAGUCCCCAGAGGAGACACGCAAGAACUUGGAAGAGUGGCUACCCAGGGUGCUGUGGAGUGAGGUCAACGGACUACUGGUAGGCUUCGGCCAACAGAUCUGUCUUCCUGUCCAUCCUCGGUGCCAGACCUGCCUCAACAAGGCCCUGUGCCCUGCUGCCCGGAAUCUCUAAGGGCCAUAGGGCUUCCUCUGGCUAGUGUCCAUGAAGUGCCUUUGUGGAGGGGUAAUAAGGUUUGGGGGUUGUUUGCAGGGCUAUAAUAAAGCUGGAGUUUUUCACAGUUGA